AUGCCCUUCGGCAUAUCACCCGCACCUGAAGAGUUUCAACGACGUGUGAACGAUAUCUUGUUGGGUCUACCUGGAGUCAAAGUCAUCGCAGAUGACCUUCUUGUUUAUGGCAGUGGUGCAACAGAUGAAGAGGCAUAUCUCGACCAUGACAAGAACCUCAGGGGUUUGAUGGAACGGUGUAGAGAGAAGGGUCUCAAGCUGAACCCUGACAAGAUUCAACUUCGACUCGAAGAGGUUAGCUACAUGGGCCAUCGUCUGACAUCGAAUGGACUGAAGAUCGACCCCGAGAAGACGAAGGCCAUCAGAGACAUGCCUGCCCCCACAGACAAGUUGGGAGUACAGAGAUUGCUUGGCAUGGUGAACUAUGUGCAAAAGUUCGCCCCUAAGUUAGCUGAGAUCACUACACCUCUACGUGAUCUGAUCAAGCACGGACAUGAAUUCCGGUGGGAGAAGCAUGUGCAUGGGAAAGCGUUGGAGGAAAUCCGACAGAUGCUCUCAGAACCACCAGUGCUACGGUUCUUCGACCCUGAUGUAAUGCCAGUCCUGCAGUGUGAUGCAUCCAUGAAUGGUCUUGGGGCCUGCCUGUUACAGAACAACCAACCAGUGGCAUAUGCGUCAAGGUCGUUAACACCAACCGAAGUACAGUACGCUCAGAUAGAGAAGGAGAUGCUGGCCAUCGUGUAUGGGAUGGAGAGAUUUGAAAGUUAUCUGUAUGGUCGACACGUAAAAGUAGAAUCAGAUCAUAAACCACUUGAGUCAAUCCUAAAAAAAAGCCUACUAAGUGCACCAAAGCGCCUACAACGUAUGAUGCUACGACUCCAGAAGUUUGAGCUCGAAGUCGUGUACAAGAAGGGACCACUUAUGUUUAUGGCAGAUACGCUAAGUCGAGCAACUUCCCACCAGCCAAAUGUCGAAGGACCAGGAGAGACCGAGGAAGUGAUGAUCAUGCAGGACACAAGAUCAAUAACGGAAAGAGAAGUAGAGCAAAUUGACAUGCUGCAGAAUCUAGCAGUAAGAGAAACUACUCUAGCCCAAAUUAAAGAGCACACAGCGGCAGACAGCAACCUGCAGGCACUGGUGAGAAUUGUGAAAGAAGGGUGGCCAAACACAGAGAAUGAGGUGUCUCCAGCAUUACGAGUGUAUUACCCGUUUCGCGACGAGUUGACCGUACAAAAUGGAGUUAUCUUUAAAGGCGAGAGAUUGAUUGUGCCAGAAGGAUUGAGAGCUGAAAUGCAAGAGAAACUUCACUACAACCAUGGUGGGGUACAGGCUACACUCAGAAGAGCCAGGGAAGUAUUCUAUUGGCCAGGAAUGAACAAAAACAUUGAGGAUCUCAUCGCAAAGUGCAAUAUUUGUGCGCAGUACCGAACAAUAAACCAGAAAGAACCUCUUAUGAGUUCUCCAGUCCCAACGCGUCCAUGGGAGUCGAUUGCAACAGACUUGUUUGAGUUUGGAAACAAAGAUUAUCUUGUUACAGUAGAUUACUACUCUAACUUUAUAGAGGUGGAUAGACUGUACUCGAAGACCAGCACUGAAGUAAUCCACAAAUUAAAGGCACACAUGGCACGGUACGGGAUACCGGAGAGGGUAGUCAGUGACAACGGUCCUCAAUACAGUUCCCGCGAGUUUCAGGAUUUUGCCACACGAUAUGAAUUCGAGCAUGUGACCUCGUCGCCUCGAUAUCCUCAAUCGAAUGGGAAAGCGGAAAGUGCUGUGAAGAUAGCAAAGCGAAUUAUGAAGAAAGCGUUGGAUGCGAAAGCAGAUCCGUACCUGGCAAUACUAGAACACCGGAACACGCCGUCGGAAGGUAUGACUACCUCGCCCGCCCAACGAUUGUUUGGCAGGAGAACAAGAUCCCAAAUUCUAAUCUCGCGCCAACUGCUUGAGCGCACCUGUACGCAUUCAACAAAGCAAGAGCUGAAAAAGGCAAGAGCUAAACAAGCCUACUAUUACAAUAGAGGAUCCAAGAAGCUUACACCACUCAAGGUCGGUGAUGCGGAUCGUAUGAUGCCCGAGAAAGGAAAGGAUAGGUGGAGGAAAGGGACGGUGAAAGCGAUUGUUAGUCCAAGGUCGUAUAUUGUGGCAACUGAUGAUGGAGGAAACUAUAGAAGAAAUCGCAGGCAUCUCCGGAAAACUGCGGAGCUAGGCGAUUCAGAAGCAGAUGUAGACGGAGAGUUGCCAGUGCAAGAGCAGGAUACACCAGGCCGGCAGCAGGAGCCCGAAUCUGAAGAACCAAUUCCUCAGCCACCUGUAGAGCACACCACUCCCAGGAGCACAGUGAGAACAUCAAAUAGACAAACACGUAGACCGGCAUAUCUUGAAGACUACGUGACUGAAAACUAA